AUGGCUGCCCCCUGGUCUCGAGCAGACAGCAUCGCCUCCAGCUUCGAAUUGGUGAGCCACGACCCGGCUGGUGAGGAUGAGAUUGCCUUACCACACAGGACGCCGCCACGCGGCGGCAGCGAGCGCUUUGUCAGUACAUUUGCCGAGCUCAAGGCGAACGUCUACCCGCCCGACCCAGAGUACGAUAUCUCGGAGAAGCCAUGGCUUCCAGGGCCUCAGAAGCCGUAUUUGAUCCUGAACGCCAACCUGGUCGACCCGCGCGCGGGUGUCGUCCACAAGAACAUGACCCUACAGCUAGCUGGCGGCAAGAUCCUCAGGGUCAGCCCAACGACGCCCGCCGAUGUCGAGAAGAUUGAUGCUAGCAAAUACUUUGUCUGCCCUGGGCUUAUUGACUGCCACGUCCAUCUCAUGGCUGUGCACGGCAGUGCAACGCUUCAUGGUGCCUUCACUUUCCCUCAUGAGACAGCCAUUUUCAGAUCAGCUGGAACCCUCCGCGGUAUCCUGUCCAAUGGGUUCACAACGGUGCGCGACACGGGUGGCGCUACCAUCGCACACGCCCAGGCCACAGCCGAGUUCCUCAUCCCCGGGCCGCGCGUGUUCCAAGGCGGACGCAUGUUGUCACAGACAGGUGGGCACGGCGACGACACCGAAGUCUGGACCGACAGCCAUUGCUGCAAUAGCAACGGGAUCGCCUCCUCGGCACUGGGCAGGUUGUGUGACGGGGUCCCAGACUGCCUCAAAGCUGCCAGGGAUAACAUCCGCAAGGGAGCCAAUCACAUCAAGGUGUGCACUUCGGGUGGCAUCGCUUCCGAGACGGACAAGCUUGAGUCCCUACAGUUCACGAUCGAGGAACUCCAAGCAAUCAGCACCGUCACCAAGAAUAUGGGCGGUACUCUGGUCACGGCCCACUGCUACACUGCCGAGGGCGUCCGUCAUGCCAUCGAGGGCGGUGUCAGGGGCAUCGAGCAUGGCAACAUGAUCGAUCCGGAUACGGCCAGGCUCAUGGCUGAAAAGAAUGUCUUUUUGACCCCGACCCUGGCCCUGCACACCUUUGUAACCAUGCCUCCAUAUGACAAGUUUGAGACUCCCGAGGGCCUGCGCAAGAACGCCAUCGUGGGAGACGCGGGGGUUCGUGGUAUCCGCUAUGCCGAGGAUGCUGGCGUCUGUGUUUGCUAUGGCACCGACACCACCGGGCCGACCCUGGUCAUGCAGACCUACGAGUUUGUUGUGCGCUCCAAGCUGCUUCCCAGCCCUGUCGUCUUGCGGCAGGCUACCAUCAACGGUGCCAAGCAGCUGGGCAUGGAAGGAAAGCUGGGCGAGCUGGUCGAGGGUGCUUUUGCCGACCUAUUGUUCCUCAAGGAAAAUCCUCUCGAGAACGUGGCGAGCCUGGACCGGAUCAACGAGAACCAAUUGCUAAUCGUGAAAGAUGGGAGAAUAGUGAAGAGCCGCAUCGAAGGAUUGAGACCAGAAAGGAAUUGCGAGUGGAAUUGA